AUGGCUAGCGGUAGCCAGGUUGGGACCUGUUAUCGUAAGUUUCAGCCUCCUCUACAUAAGCACAUUCUAAGAAACGAUUACGAUGCAAUCAGAUACAUACUCUCUUCACAUCAUAGGGAUUGUAUAAAUGACAUGGAUCAUGAUGGACGAAAUGCCUUCCACCUAGCCCUCCAAACAGCAAAUUCGAAAGCCUUAUAUCUCUUAUUAUAUUACCCUUUCGUCCACACUAACCAAGUUUUUGCCACAUUAGACUGGACCUGCGAUUCGGACGAUGAAAUUGAUAGGGACAUUGUGCAUGUAGGCAAUGCCAAGCCAGCUUACCAAGCCGGUGAUAGAUUACUGAUGAAGUGGAAUGAAACCCCUGAUUUAUAUAAAAAAGCGGCAUUUUCCGCCUUAGAAGGAUAUUCCAUUAGAGGUUGUGGAUUACGCAUUGUGGAGGAUCUCUAUGAGCAGCAUUAUAAAUAUAUACUGGAUAAACCGAACACUCUGGAGCGCAGUGCUAGGGAAUAUACGGCCAAAUACGCCAGGUUAUACUCUAAGGAAAUAAAUUUUCCCGAAAAAAUAGAAACCAUUGAUGAGUUAAAAGAGAAGAAUUAUAUUUCGACUAUUAUAACAUCUGAAAUUGUCAUGGAAAAGGACGAUAACACAAGAGUGUCAUUUGCCUCUGAUUUUAUCGAUUCCUGCGAUAACUUUGAGCUCCAGCCUAUUCCGCUUGAAACUGUGGAUUUACUCGUUUCAUUUGACAUGACAUCUCCAAUACACUUAUUAUUCUCAAAUAUAUACAUUGAGAGCUACAGGGAGAAAAUCUUGGAUUGUCUCAAAAUACUGAUCACUUUUUUUCGUGUAUUUGACCAUAAAGAGACUGUAGAUUCUGUAAAGUGCAUGCAUCUGAAGAAUAUAGAGAAAAGGGAUUGCUCGUCUUCUCUGCUAGAAAUGAUGCUUAGAAAAAAUGAUUAUCUGAAGCCUAUGAUAUCCUGGAAUGAAUUUAUUUCUUAUCGUGAUCAUACCCUAUCGACGGUGUUACACCGAGCUUGUCAGGUUAAAUCUGGUGAGUUAGUUUCCAUGCUUUUAAAGUCUGGAUUUGAUCCUCUUGCAAUUAACGAAAACGGGGAAUUGCCUGUCCAUUUAGCAGUUGAUAGUCUCGAUCCCGACUUGUUCAAAACGAUACUUGACGCUACGCUGGUUGCAAUUUUUGCCAAAUACGAAGAUGAAAGUGCAGAAAUUUGUAAAUCAUCGAUAGUUAACCAAAAUUCACUGCAGUUGGAUCGGAGAAUUCUCAGCGCUAUAGGAAAUACGCAAGUUUUACUCAAGUUAUUGGAUGGCCUACUUACCUGUGACAACAAUAGCAGCAAAGUUAGGGACGGGUCAAGAGCCGAGAUGGAUUAUUUGAAGAAUAAUUCGCAGAAGGAUAAGAUUUUUAAUAACAAACUCAUCCUCAAGGAGGAUCACACAUUCCUUAAACAGGUACCUGGAGAAGUUAUUUUUGAGAGGCUGUUUUCCAAAUAUGGCGAAUGUUUCAUCACUACUAUAUCUUCACUGUUUUCAGAGCUAUUGUUAUUUUUUGAACAACUAUUUUACCGCUGCAUUCAUCGCAAUUCUUGGCGUGUAUUUUUAGCACUGGCAAGCUUUAACAACACUUUGACAUUCCACAUGUUCUCAAGUCCCUUGUGCGUCCAUAGAUUUAUAAAAUUUGCCCACUCCAUGGGCAAUGUAUAUGCUUUCUUCUCAAUACUCAAUUAUUCCGUUAGACUUUUGUAUCCAAAUGAGACAAAAUGUGUUGAAAAUAUGGACUUUGAACUAGGUGAUAUGAGUAUGACGUUCAAUAGGAGGAACGUCAAGGUUGAAAAAGGUCAAGAUAAAAUCACUCCCGCGCCAACUAAUUUCGCACAAUACAAUAACAAUAAAACUGAAAUGAACUCUAGUUCAAAUUAUAGUGCUGGUAUAGGCUCCAAGAGAGGUGUGGAUGAUAUAAAACAAAUUGUGAACGAUUACCGCGGCUGCGGCUACCCUGAAACACCAUUGCGCAGGGUUAAAAUUCCCUGUAAACCAUUCAGUAAAUUUGAAAAUAUCAAUCUUUCCAAUUUUGAAGGCUGUAAUGUAAACCAAUUACUCUCCAAUGCAUCAAUCAAUAAGCGUACGUGGAUUAUAACCCAUCCAAUCUGUUUAGAGCAUUUAGCAAUACCUGAACCAACGGAUAUGCCACAACGCAGAAAGAAGAUGACCUCAAAUUUUGUUGAAAAUCCAACUAGACUGGAAGUUAUUAUUUCCAAUGAUAAUGCCAUAUUGAGGACCGAUAUACUCGAAGGGGUUUAUAUAUUGCAAAGUCCUCCGCCGGCUUGUCUAGCAGAUAUAUUACGGGUUCACGACAUAGGUUAUAUUAACAAAUUAUUACAGCAUGUUGAUAUGGCCAAGAAAAAGUGGCAGGCCACUCCUUUUUCCCCAGUCAAAUUGGACCAAGACACAGGCGUUACUCCUCAUUCCUGGACAGCAGCGAGGUAUGCCGCUGGAGCUGUAAUUGCUGCUGUUGAUGCUGUGUGUAAUGGAUCCUGUACCAAUGCAUUUUGUGCAAUACGCCCACCGGGCCAUCACCUUGGCACUUGGGGGGCAGCACAGGCCUCAAAUACAGACGACGAAGAUAUGGCCUCCGGGUCGCAGGGAUUUUGCCUGAUUAAUAAUGUAGCUAUAGGGGCUGCCUAUGCCAAGUAUAGAUAUGGAAACAAUGGCAUCAAAAGAAUCGCAAUUGUAGAUUUCGAUCUGCACCACGGUAAUGGUACGGAGCAAAUCAUUCGUAACAUCGGUCCAAAACUCAAGAGUUGCGAGUUUCUUGGCACUUGUACUUGUCGGGAGGAAUUUUCACCAGACCUGGAUACAGAAAAACAAGCAUCACAAGUACAUUCAGACGAGCCACUGUGCCUUGCAUGUCAAAAACUCAAGCACCCUAUGUGGUUUGGUUGGAGGGAUACGGAUGACGGGGAAGACAUAUUUUUCGCUUCAAUACACGCUUAUGAUGGUGAAUUUUACCCGGGAACAGGGUCGUCUGAAUCUUCACAGUAUGCAGAUGAUGGGCCACGCAUAAUCAACGUAGGAGUACCAAAAAACACAACCUCUGCAGACUUUCGAACACUUUUCGAGACUAAUAUUUGCCCAUACUUAUUGCACUUUAGCCCUGAUCUGAUAUUUAUUUCCGCUGGGUUCGAUGGACAUUACCGUGACAGUGUAAACGUGGGGUUUACGCACUAUAGAGACCGCGAUUUUUUCUAUGUGACGGAACGACUUCAGAGCAUUGCAAAUGCCACUUGUGGUGGAAAGGUUGUAAGUGUACUUGAGGGUGGUUAUAACACAAGGUUAAAUUCAUCAUCCCCUUUUGCACAAAGUGUCUUGCAGCAUGUGAUUGCGUUAGCACAGACUAACAAGGGGAUGGUAUAUCCCCUGAUGUUUCCCUUAAGCACUGUAAAAAAUUUGAUGGAUUCAAUAUCGGUAUUGGAAGGUAUUUUAAGAUGUGACAAAGGAAUAGUAGAGAAGGCAAAUUUUGACUUGCCAUCAUCUCAUUUAUAUUCAAUGGAUGAUAUGACAAAUCAGAUCUCGGAAUUGGUGGAAUCUAUAUACAGUAAAAAGUGUUGCAUAUCUCAUAUAUUACGUUCGGAAGAUCGUGUGGAUACCAUUAACAGCGAAUAUAAUCCGUUUUAUAGUGGAAACGCUUGGUAUAGUUUUUUUUGUCACACAUUCCAGCCAAUAGAAUGCGAUGAUGAUAUUAGGCAGAACAACAAUUCGCCCUCGCCUAUGUGCAUACCGUUUGACAUUGACAGUUCAACUAUUAAUCUCGAUGGUAACAAUAUGCAUGGGAAAUUUAUACCCCUGUUUACAGACCCGGGAUACUCUGAAUCUCAGGAGCUAACCCAUGGACAUGAUGUUGAUUGGAUCGAUAAUAUCAAAUUUGAGAUAAUGAAGGCCAAUUACACAUGUGCAUUGUUGCUCAAGGAAUUCUUCACGAGAUAUGUUCACUUAACUUCAUAUAACUGCAAGUUGCAUUGUGAUAUGAGGUUCGAUCAAAAAUGCCAAAUUUGA